AUGUCAUCUACGAUACCCAAAAUGAAACUUGAUUUACCACCUCCUUCAAGAAUCAUCACAACUUCACCUUCACCUUCUUCAACACCUAACAUCUCCUAUCCCAAUGAUCCAACUGGAAAUACGAAUACAAGCGUCAAUCUGAAUUCGGAUUUGGACGACUCAUCAUCAUCGUCGUUACUAUUUACGACAAAUCCAACAUCAGCAAAAUCCGCCUCUAGCUCGAUCUCCAAUUCCAAGUAUACCAAGUCAAUAUCUGAUUCAAGUUCAAAGUCGAAUGGUAAUUGUAAUAGUUCAAGAAAUUCAAAUUCAAUUUCAAAUUCAAGUUCAAAUCCAAGAGGUAAUCCAAAUUUAUUAAACUUGAAAUCGACUCCAUCUGAAUUAGAUUUGUCGAAAACUCCACCGCCUAGAUCAUUCGCACCUUCUCCACCUAUGAGUAGGACUCAAAGUGAAAUUGAUCUAAACGAAUUAGGAUCUGUAAAUGGUGGAAGGUACGAGGAUGAAAAUGAUCUAGGAAAAUUAAUGAGGACAGUGGAUUUCGCUGCUCGUAAACAUUCUUGUCAAAGGAGGAAAGACGUCGAUCAGACUCCAUAUAUCAAUCAUCCUAUCGCAGUCGCAAAUUACCUUUCUUCAACGGGUGUUACAGAUGUACGCGUGCUACAAGCUGCUGUCUUACAUGACACAGUAGAGGAUACGCACACCACAAUUGAGGAAAUAGCUCAGCUGUUUGGGACGGAUGUAGCACGCAUCGUGGACGAAUGUACAGACGAUACUCUGCUUUCAGGACAACAGAGGAAGAAUGAACAGCUUAGAUCGGCGCCUUACAAGUCUAAAGAAGCUCAUCAGGUGAAACUAGCAGACAAAAUACAUAAUCUCGAAUCAAUACGUCGCUGUCCACCUGUAGGAUGGGGUAUCAAACGUAUACAAGCUUAUUUCAUAUGGGCCAAACAAGUCACUGAUGUAUGCGCCGCUUCUCACCCACCUCUCGCUGCCAAACUGCAGGAACUGUAUGAGACGGCUUAUACCAGAGUUGACGGUGUAUAUCAUCCUUGUCAUCCGGGAGUUUGUGGCCCAUUGACAGAACCUGAAAAGGAAUUGGUCGAUAGUCGAUUACGAGAAUUGAAAAAGGGAGAUAAAGUCUGCCCUGCCCCUCUUUUCUUUUAA